AUGCGCAGCAGCACCUGGAGCAAGUCAGCAACACGACAUACGCUUCCGACCUUCUUGUUGGCAUCGCAAAGCAGACAGUCGACCCUCCUUGUUUCCCGAUCUGCACGAGCAUUUUCUCCUGCGGCGCCUACUGCAUUCAUUUCCUGCGCAUCUACAUCGGCAACUCCUCUUUCCCUCCUGCGCAGUCGACCUGCACAGCUGCGCGGCUUCCACUCCACCCACGUGCAAAGUCGCCGACCGCUUGGACCCGCCGCUACUCGCCUCAUCUACACCGAAUUAAGCACCUCCAAGACCUUCUCUGCUCUCACUACCAUGCUCAGGAGAUCGUCUGGUAACAAAGCAGACUCGCCCACCAAGGGCCAGCUGCAGCAGUUCUGGGAGCGAUGGAUCGCCGAGCGGCCGCAGCACCCUCGGUGGAGCACAGCCUGGUGGUGGGACAUGUUCAUCAUCUUCACCGUGUUUGGCAUCACCGGCUCGUCCACCAUGUUCUUCGUGCGACCUUUCAUCACCAAGUUCCUGAAGCUUGAAGGUUCGAUGAAGGAGGGUCCUUGGUCCUACCGCCUCAUCUCCGUGGCAAUCAUCAUGCCCAUGUAUUCUCUCAUCCUCAUGUGUAUAGCGACGAUCUUUGGCAGGCACGCCUACUUCAAGAAGGUGGUUAUGCGGAUGUGGGGGCGAUUCCUUCCCAGCAGGUGGAUGAAGACCAUCGAGGGCAAGAAAGAGAAUUUGGGGAAUGCCACCACCUUCGCACUGCCAGCUGCGGCCAUACGACCUGUCGAGCUGCCGGGCGACCUGGCCGCGGUGCGGAGCCUGUUCCGCGAGUACGCCGAGGGUCUGGGCAUCGACCUGGGCUUCCAGGACUUCGAAGCCGAGCUGGCCGCCCUGCCGGGCAAGUACGAGGUGCCCGCCGGCCGGCUCCUGCUGGCCUGGCGUGGAGGCGAGGCGGUCGGCUGCGUGGCCCUGCGUCCGCUCAGCGGCUCUGAUGCCGGCGCCUGCUGCGAGAUGAAGCGCCUCUACGUGCGGCCGCAUGUGCGCGGCGAGCAGCUGGGGCGCCGGCUGGCCGAGCGCAUCUGCCAGGAGGCGCGCGAGGCCGGCUACUCGCACAUCCGCCUCGACACGCUGCCGACCAUGACCACCGCGGUCAAGCUCUACACGGCGCUCGGGUUCACACCCACCGCCCCCUACGUCUUCAACCCCAUCCCCGGCGCCAUGUUCCUCGAGCGCGAGCUGUGA